GGACUGCUCACGCCAAGGGCCACAGCGGCCGCGCUCCGGCCUCGCUCCGCCGCUCCACUCCUCGCGGCAUCCGCGAGGGCAGCCCGGCCGGGCGGGGAUGCCGGGACUGGGGCGGAGGGCGCAGUGGCUGUGCUGGUGGUGGGGGCUGCUGUGCAGCUGCUGCGGGCCCCCGCCGCUGCGGCCGCCCUUGCCCGCUGCCGCGGCCGCCGCCGCCGGGGGGCAGCUGCUGGGGGACGGCGGGAGCCCCGGCCGCACGGAGCAGCCGCCGCCGUCGCCGCAGUCCUCCUCGGGCUUUCUCUACCGGCGGCUCAAGACGCAGGAGAAGCGGGAGAUGCAGAAGGAGAUCUUGUCGGUUCUGGGGCUCCCGCACCGGCCCCGGCCCCUGCACGGCCUCCAAGAGCCGCAGCCCCCGGCGCUCCCGCAGCAGCAGCAGCAGCAGCAGCUGCCUCGCGGAGAGCCCCCUCCCGGGCGACUGAAGUCCGCGCCCCUCUUCAUGCUGGAUCUGUACAACGCCCUGUCCACCGACGACGACGAGGACGGGGCGUCGGAGGAGAAGAAGCAGCAGUCCUGGCCCCACGAAGCAGCCAGCUCGUCCCAGCGUCGGCAGCCGCCCCCGGGCGCCGUGCAUCCGCUCAACCGCAAGAGCUUUCUGGCCCCUGGACCUGGCAGCGGCGGCGCGUCCCCACUGACCAGCGCGCAGGACAGCGCCUUCCUCAACGACGCGGACAUGGUCAUGAGCUUUGUGAACCUGGUGGAGUACGACAAGGAGUUCUCCCCUCGUCAGCGACACCACAAAGAGUUCAAGUUCAACUUAUCCCAGAUUCCUGAGGGUGAGGCGGUGACGGCUGCAGAAUUCCGCAUCUACAAGGACUGUGUUAUGGGGAGUUUUAAAAACCAAACUUUUCUUAUCAGCAUUUAUCAAGUCUUACAGGAGCAUCAGCACAGAGACUCUGACCUAUUUUUGUUGGACACCCGUGUAGUGUGGGCCUCAGAAGAAGGCUGGCUGGAAUUUGACAUCACGGCCACUAGCAAUCUGUGGGUUGUGACUCCGCAGCAUAACAUGGGGCUUCAGCUGAGCGUGGUGACAAGGGAUGGAGUCCACGUCCACCCCCGAGCCGCGGGUCUGGUGGGCAGAGACGGCCCUUACGACAAGCAGCCCUUCAUGGUGGCUUUCUUCAAAGUGAGUGAGGUCCACGUGCGCGCCACCAGGUCAGCCUCCAGCCGGCGCCGACAGCAGAGUCGCAAUCGCUCUACCCAGUCCCAGGACGUGGCGCGGGUCUCCAGUGCUUCAGAUUACAACAGCAGUGAAUUGAAAACAGCCUGCAGGAAGCAUGAGCUGUAUGUGAGUUUCCAAGACCUGGGAUGGCAGGACUGGAUCAUUGCACCCAAGGGCUAUGCUGCCAAUUACUGUGAUGGAGAAUGCUCCUUCCCACUCAACGCACACAUGAAUGCAACCAACCACGCGAUCGUGCAGACCUUGGUUCACCUUAUGAACCCUGAGUAUGUCCCCAAACCGUGCUGUGCGCCAACUAAACUAAAUGCCAUCUCAGUUCUUUACUUUGAUGACAACUCCAAUGUCAUUCUGAAAAAAUACAGGAAUAUGGUUGUAAGAGCUUGUGGAUGCCACUAACUCGAAACCAGAUGCUGGGGACACACAUUCUGCCUUGGAUUCCUAGAUUACAUCUGCCUUAAAAAACACAGAAGCACAGUUGGAGGUGGGAUGAUGAGACUUUGAAACUAUCUCAUGCCAGUGCCUUAUUACCCAAGAAGGUUUUAAAGGACCUCAUUAAUAAUUUGCUCACUUGGUAAACGACGUGAGUAGUUGUUGGUCUGUAGCAAGCUGAGUUUGGAUGUCUGUAGUAUAAGGUCUGGUAACUGCAGAAACAUAACCGUGAAGCUCUUCCUACCCUCCUCCCCCAAAAACCCACCAAAAUUAGUUUUAGCUGUAGAUCAAGCUAUUUGGGGUGUUUGUUAGUAAAUAGGGAAAAUAAUCUCAAAGGAGUUAAAUGUAUUCUUGGCUAAAGGAUCAGCUGGUUCAGUACUGUCUAUCAAAGGUAGAUUUUACACAGAACCGGAAUUGGGGAAGUGGGGGGGACGCCUCUGUUCAGAUUUCAUUCCCAGGAAGUCCACAGGACCCACAGCCCAGGCCACAGCCAGGGCUCCAUGGGGCGCCUUUGUCUCAGUCAUUGCUGUUAUAUGUUCGUGCUGGAGUUUUGUUGGUGUGAAAAUGUACGUAUUUCAGCCAAAACAUACCAUUUCUACACCUCAGUCUUCCAUUUGCUGUACUCUUUGCUAGUACCAAAAGUAGACUGAUUACACUGAGGUGAGGCUACAAGGGGUGUGUAACCGUGUAACACGUGAAGGCAGUGCUGCACCUCUUAUCGGAAUGGUUCUUUGACCAGCACAUUAACUUCUGGACUGCCGGCUGUCAUACCUAUUUCAGUAAAGUGGUUCUCUGCCUUUGUACUAUACAGCAUACCAUGCCAGAGGGUUAGAACCAACAAAGAAAAUAAAUUGAGGGUGCCCAGCUUGUAAGAAUGGUGUUAGGGGAUGAUCAUGCUGUUUAUGAACGGAAAUCAUGAUUUCCCUUGUAGAAAGUGAGGCUCAGAUUAAAUUUUAGAAUAUUUUCUAAAUGUCUUUUUCACAAUUCAUGUACCGGGAAGGCAAUUUCAUACUAAACUGAUUAAAUAAUACAUUUAUAAUCUACAACUGUUUGCACUUACAGCUUUUUUUGUAAAUAUAAACUAUAAUUUAUUGUCUAUUUUAUAUCUGUUUUGCUGUAACAUUGAAGGAAAGAAAGACCAGACUUUUUUAAAAAAAAGAGUUUAUUUAGAAAGUAUCAUAGUGUAAACAAACAAAUUGUACCACUUUGAUUUUCUUGGAAUACAAGACUCGUGAUGCAAAGCUGAAGCCACUCUUGACAGUUGUGCUUCUCUAGGAGGUUGGGUUUUUUUUUUUUUUUAAAGAAUUAUCUGUGAACCAUACGUGAUUAAUAAAGAUUUCCUUUAAGGCA